AAGUAUGCCUCACGGGAAUCACCGCAAUAAGUCUAAUCACUAUCGGUGGAGAAGUCAUGGAGAAAAUGAUCGACGUAUUGACACCUCUGACGAAUAUUUACGACGGCGCGAACAUGGAGGGAAGUUCAGUAGUGGUCGCAAGUCCAUAAUUUCUGGUAACAAUGUGGAUAUGUUAAAACGUGCUAUGAAUAUGAAUCUUAUCGGUGGAUCAGCAGCUUCUGUUGUCACUGCCCAAAAUAGUGGCUUGGCCCCCGGCGAAGUUUGGGUGAGAAUUACGAUUGUCCAUGGCGCUAAUCAUCUGAUGAUGGAUCUUCAACAGUUGAUCACCACCACUGUUGGGACACAGCUACGGUUCUAUAAUACUUGCGUUGAAGGAAGAAAUGCACUAAUGCAUGCAAAAAUCAGACAAAAGGAUGUUCAAAGUUACCGCAAAUCACUCCAAAAUUUACGCGAUCCAAGUCAGGGUUCACAAUUAAUUACCGACAUAACAAUUGUCCCUGAGCCCAGAGUCCCUUCUUCGUCUGAUAAAAGAAAUGAAUCACCGAAUACCUCUCCUCUGCCAGAAACUUGGAUUGAAGCAUUAAAGCAGUGCUUUGUUCAGCGUUAUCAACCUACUACGCGUAGUUUAGAUCUCUCUUCUCUGCACACGGAUCCAGUCCUUUUAAGUCAGGGACUAUAUUUACCUCUUAACAAACAAGCGGUGGUUCAUACUUUGAUUACUAUCCUGAAACAAAACCAAGCACAGCUUGCUGUUCUCAAUCUAUCAAACAACCGACUAACUCAUUUGAAUGCUUUUUCUCCGUUAUCUUCAACGAGUGCUGGAUUUAUUCCAGUGUCCAUUGAACGUAUAGAUCUCAGCUCAAAUCCUCUAAGUAGCAUACCUGUCCUUUCUGGUCUUCGAGAUAUCGUUGGUUUGGUUGAAUUAGACCUUACAGAAACUCCUUUGAUGUCAAAAUUCAAUCCAAACGACAAAUCUUUUGCAGCUAAAUUGCAUACAAUCUUACCAACGAUCAAACGUUUAAAUGGACAAGAAUUACCGCAUACUGUACAAUUUGCAAUUGAGCAAGGUUUGGAUUCCUCUAAACGGCCUCCAACGAAACCGCUUCCACAGUCUAUUCUGGGAUUUUUUCCUAAUGAUGAAGUUAAAAUAGCUUUGCUGAGUUUUUUGAAAUUAUACCUUAGUCGCUAUGAUUCUAAGCCCCGAGGUGAAAGUUUGCUGCCUUACUACACGACUGUUUCCCAACUGGUUUUUUCCGUGUCUCCUGAAAAUCGUUUUCCAAAUUCACAAAAUGUGUCAUUCACAGCACGCGUAGAGAUACAAAAUGGUUCUGAUCAACCGACUACGGCAUAUCUUACCACUUCACGAUUAAAUCAAGCUUACUUUUUACGAAGUCGUAAUCUUCUUCGCUGCCGAGACCAAAGUAGACGACGCGACAUGGUUGUGCGUGGUAGUUUGGCUAUCGCCCAUUUUUUGGAUGAGCUACCAACCACGGAACAUCAAUUAGAGUCUUUAUCUGUAGACGUCGCCUUUCAUUCCGGAACUCAAAUGUUGUUUACAAUGGGUGGUGUUUUUUACGAGGUUUCUUCUAUGGGUUCAAGUUCCAUCAACUCAAGCUCACACGAAAAAUCUGUUCGCAAAGUCCUUCGGUGUUUUACUAGGACUAUGAUACUGAUCGCACCAGGUGGUCAUAUAGUGCAAGAUGAUUAUAUUGUGUCUAAUCCAACUACCUCUUUGUGUAAGGCUCAUGUACCUAGUUAUGCCGCAUUGUCUAAAUCUAUAGAGUCGUCUCUAAUUAAAUGGAAAUGGGUUCAGUUGGAUUUUGAUGAGUAA